CUUAGAGCGAAGAAGCCCGCCGGAUCGCAGGGUCAUAGCGGCGGCAAGAGCAAGACUGGAAGCCGCCGUUCCUGGUGCUGUUUGCAGCCAGCCGCCUCCCAGCACGACUGCGGCGAUCCGGCAGAAGCUUGUGGGCAGGUAGCGCGAAGCCCUCUGCCUGGGGAGCAAGAGACUUGGGGAAAGCAGCGAAGCAUCUGCAGCUGCGUUAUUCCUGCAGAACGAGAGGCGCAGCGGAGAGGGGACGGGAUGUCAGGGGGCCAUUGGGCAGCAGCUGGCUGCAGAAGCGUGGACUAGGACAAACUGAGUUGGGAGAUCCUCGCAAACGGAGUGGGAAUUGGAGUAGGGAUCCAACAGAACUUCCCGUGGGGAUCAGCCCUUCCCCGUUUAGGACUAGUGGAGGAGGGCGUUGCGGGGGAGGAAGGGAGCCCAACUCUCUGGUCAGCGUUUGUGUGGGGAAGCUAACCCGAGCCCUGGGGAAGUGGGAUCACAAUGGCUGUGGAGGGCAGCAGGUGAGAUCACAAUGGCUGUGGAGAACACCGCGAUGGGGGGGUCGGCAGCUGAAGGAGCAGACAGCCUGACAGACUGUGCUGAAAUCUUCCCAGGGCCAGGGGAGAGCUGAUAUCCCCACUCCCCCAGCAGAGCGAGGGCUGCGGAGCUGGGCAAGAUGGAACACUGACAUCUGCUGACCGUUCGUGGAUUAAUCUGAGCAGACGAAGGGGGAGCUCAGCUCCCCUGACAUUGCUGAAGGGCCAGGAGGGAGGAGGGAGCUGUCAAGUCCUCAAAGAGCCGUGUCAGAAUCAAAAGGGGGGUUGAAGAAACACUUGAGGAUAACCGAAAGCUGUGAUCAUCCUUGGGGAGAGGAGCAGAACAGGGAGAAGUGACACUUCAUUGAUUCCUGCGGCGGCAGGGAUCUCAACUCCUUUAGCCAUGGCUGUCAGUGAAGCUUACGUCUCACUGCUUGUGAUGGCAGGUACCAUGAUGGCCAUGGCUGGCUGCAGGCAAGCGGCCCGUCACUUCAUACACCGUAAACCCCAUACUCUGUGCUUCUUCCUGGAGUUAAUGGGUGCCUUCCAGAUCUGUGCUUGUACCCACGAACUUCGGCUGCUGGCUUAUUUGCCACCACAACCGCAUGUGGCACUUGCCCUCACUUACAUUUUAACUGUUCUUCAUGGCUUGACGUUGCCUGAUAGCAUCAACAACCCUUGCAGCAGCUUUCAACUGCUUUGCAAGAGCAAGAUCAUGAUGAAUACCUGGUUGCUACAAACUUCAGCUCAGUUCACUGGAGCAGUACUGGCUAAUAUUUACAUCAAGUUAAUCUGGAUAUUGGGGAUCAUACCAGUGCAUUUAUGGGCUCUGGCAGAGAACUGCAGCAACCCCAUCCAAACUACCAUAGCAAACGCUUUCAUCCUAGAACUCCUCUUCUCCUUCUUGGUCCAUCUGACCUUACUGCAAUUUGAAUCAACGAACCACAAGAUAAAAGUCCAUCUAAUUGCUUUGCUGAUCACCGCACUGGUAUACACAGGAGGAAAACUGACAGGAGCCAUAUUUAAUCCAGCUCUGGCUUUUUCCUUGCACAUCAGUUGUUUCAUGGAUAAUUUUUGGAAUUACAUGUUGGUGUACUGGGUGGCACCCUGUAUAGGGUCUGUGUUGGUGGUCAUAGCUUGGGAUGAUGUCCUUCCACUGCUACGCAGAGAAGCUUAAAAUGGUAUAAAGGAGCGAUGUUCAAAAGAGGCUAUUAAUACCGACGCAGCUGUAUUCUACAUGGAAGGGAGCCAGAAGACUGGACAAUCAACUCACUCAGACAACUUUCAGAUGUCUUUUGGGAAUAUCAUUAAACAAUUUUAUAGAA